UCUUCUCUCUCUUUCUCUCUCUCAUUACUUUUCUGUAUUCUGUCUCUCUGCUCUGCUACUUCUGCAUAUUGCAUUCAGUGAUUCCUUCCUCUCUUAUAAUUACUCUCUAUCAUUUCUCAGUCUUUUCCAAUGGAUGAGAGUUUAUAUGAUAUAUUUGAAGACAGAACAGACGAUGAUCUUUUUGCCAUUUUGGAGAGUCUAGAAAAUUUCACUGAUUUUCCUCUCAUUAACAACAACAACCAACCUGAAACUGUUAUUACUCCAAAAGAGAAUGAUUCAACUUCCACUUCUAGAUUACUGUCUCAGAAAUCAGUUUCUUCACAGCAAGAUUCUGAAACUGAAGUUGAAACUGAACACAAAAACAAGAGACAGAAACUUACACCAUCUUUGCUACAAGAACAGAUCAUUAACAGUGAUGGACAACAAAGGGUUUCUCACAUUACCGUCGAACGGAACCGAAGAAAGCAAAUGAAUGAACAUUUGUCUGUUUUAAGAUCACUCAUGCCUUGCUUUUAUGUCAAAAGGGGAGAUCAAGCAUCAAUAAUUGGAGGCGUAGUGGAUUACAUCAACGAGUUGCAACAACUCCUCCAAGCACUCGAAGCAAAAAAACAACGUAAGGUAUACACCGAAGUACUAAGUCCGAGAAUACUUUCAUCGAGUCCACGACCUUUGCCGUUAAGUCCCCGAAAACCACCGUUGAGUCCAAGACUAAACCUACCUAUUAGUCCAAGAACACCACAACCAAGUAGCCCUUACAAGCCAAGAAUGCAACAAAGCUACAACAAUAUCUUACUGUCACCUCUUGAUCCAUCUCCUACUACUUCUUCAUCUGCUUCAUCUGUGAAUGAUAAUAUCAAUGAACUUGUGGCUAAUUCUAAGUCUCAUGUUGCUGACGUGGAGGUGAAGUUUUCAGGUCCUCAUGUUUUGUUGAAAACUGUUUCUCAAAGAAUUCCAGGACAAGCUUUGAAGAUUAUAUCUGCGCUGGAAAAUCUUGCACUUGAAAUACUUCAUGUUAACAUUAAUAGUACUUCUGAUGAUACUAUGUUGAACUCAUUCACUAUUAAGAUUGGAAUUGAAUGCCAGCUGAGUGCAGAAGAAUUGGCUCAACAAAUCCAGCAAACAUUCUGCUAAAAAUGCAUAUGUCUAGUGGACACUCCUUACCAAACAUCACUCUCUUUGUUAUUGCUUAAUGUAACGUUGUAUGUACAAGUAACAGAGUACGUGAAAAACUCAUUUAUUUUACAAGCAUCUCAUCAUCAUUUUUCUUUUGUUUUUUCCUUAACUACAGUAUAGCAAGUUAGUCAUCAUGAGUAUAAGCUAGCUAGCUAGUACUAGUAUACAGGGACUGUCUUGUAAUUCAACAUCUUCAAGCUUUUGUUUUAUCUUUUUUUUCUGUUUGUCAUUUUAAACUCAGUUGUUACAUCAAAUUUUGGUGUCUGUUCCGUUUGGGAUUCUACAAAGAUUGAUGUACAAAUAAUAUUUCAUGAUAAUAAAUUAAACUCA